CUGACAAUAGAAAUAUUUUGAUUUCUUAUUGAGGGUGAUUAAAAAUGAUUUCUGGAAUUUUAGAAACUAAAAUUUUCAUGGAAUAUACUUUAGAAAGAAGUGGUAAACUAUUUGCAGGUUACCACACAUUGAAUGAAACCUGGGAUUUUAUAAAUAUUUUUUCUUUCGACGAACUAAUUUUUAAUAAUGAAAGGGGAGAAGCAUAUGUGUUAGAAGAAAAAGAUGAACCUGACAAAGAUUGGGAGUUUAAUAAUAUUUUUAAUUUUAAUAAUAAUGUUCUAUAUAUAUACUUAAGACUGCAGGAUUAUACCACAAUUAACAAAAAAAUAUAUAAACAAUACACCUUUUAUCAUAAUGAAAAAAGAUAUACUUGCAACAGAAUAAUAAAAAUUAUGGAAGAUAAAGAAGUGGUUAUUCAUUACAAUCAAGAAAAACAAGAUAGUGGUGGAACAUGA